ACCUGCAACUUGCUUAUAGACAACUAACUGCAUAUAGGGAACUGUUAACUGCUCACACAGCAACCUGCAUAUAUCCACCUGCCUAUACAGAGAGCAGCCUGAAUAUACAGCAACAACCUGCCUAUAUCUACCUAACUGCUUAUACAGAGAGCAGCCUGAAUAUAUAGCAACAACCUGCAUACAGUCUGUGAGCAUGCAUCCUGCAUAGUCAGAGCCUCACACUGAGCAUGCAUGCUGGGUAGCUGGAUAACUACACUCACAGCUUCCUGAGCUGCACUCACACUCCGGGUAGGUUUGGGGUGCACAAGGGCUUGCCGUGACCCCCAGACCAGCAGCUUCUGUGGGAGCAUGGAGCUCCCUGCUGCAGGGGAACAUGUCUUUGCAGUAGAGAGCAUUGAGAAGAAGAGGAUCCGCAAGGGUCGUGUGGAAUACCUGGUGAAGUGGAGAGGGUGGUCAUCUAGGUACAAUACAUGGGAGCCAGAGGAGAAUAUUCUGGACCCCCGUCUCCUGGUUGCCUUUCAGAACAGAGAAAGACAAGAGCAGAUCAUGGGCUACAGGAAACGUGGACCCAAGCCGAAACACCACCUUGCGUUACCAUCAUUUGCUCGUCGAUCAAAUAUCUUGAGUGAUCUCCAGGAUUCUUUGGUGGAGAACCGAACCAAAAUCGACUUGGGGUCUAUAACAAAGAGUCAACCUCACCAGUACCAACUGAAUAGCAAGAAACAUCACCAGUACCAGCCUAAUGGGAAAGACCACUCAGAGAAGCACCACUCGAGUAGCAAACGGAAGUACUACUAUCAGCUUAACAGCAAGAAGCAUCAUCAUUAUCAGCCAGAUCCUAAGAAACAUGACCAGUAUACAUCUUCUAAAGACUCUCAGAUGUGCUUGGAUCGCAGUUAUUGGCACAAGGACUCUUGGACACACAGCCCGUCUAUGGAAUUAGGGGCUCAAGUCAAAAAUGGCACGAGUCCUGCAGUAAAUGGUGUGGACAAAAGCAACUUGUCAAAUGGAUCUUCCACCAGCUCAUCUAAGGAAGUGUCUGGAAAUGGGAUUGGGGGCAAAAUGAAAAUUGUCAAAAACAAAAAUAAGAACGGGAGGAUUGUUAUAGUUAUGAGUAAAUAUAUGGAGAAUGGGAUGCAGUCAGUGAAAAUAAAGUCUUCCGAAGAGGAAUGUGAAACUAUUGAACCCGCCAGAAGGGUAGAGACCCCAUGUGUGUCUAAUGGAGAUAGGACUCCCAAACCUGCAGAUGAAAAAGCAGAACACUGGAAAAAAAGAGUGGAAUCCAGAAUUCGGAUAAAUGAAGUCAAAACAUCUAGUGACCGGGCACCCGUUCAGCUGACUGGCUUACAGAGGACUUACUCUACAACUGACGCAACUUCUGAUCAGCCACUGCAGCUCACCACCAAGAAGGAUAUUAGUUCGUGGUCAAGUCCACCACCAUACAGGAGGGAGCCUACUAAAGACGUGACUUAUUUUAAUCCUAGGAAGAGGUGCCUCACUGAGGCUGAUAGGGACAGAGACCCUUAUAAGAAAUCCCUAACUUCUAGGACUGUGAGUGCCCCUGGUAGACUUGAGGAGCAGGCCACCCAAGGUUCUCUCAGUGUGUCGACUCAAGAACCUGAGAUCAUUCUGUUGGACUCAGAUCUGGAUGAACCCAUUGACUUGCGUUGUGUGAAAUCCAGGUGUGACAGUGAUCAGGAACUUAACAAACCCACAGCCAAUGCGCCUAAGGCAUCAUCCCAACCCAUUGAUGUUGAGGUUACGAGGGAGGAGCCUCGGGCAGAGUUCCGACCUUUCUUUGGAAAUAUUGUGAUUACAGAUGUCACUGCUAACUGUCUCACUGUGACUUUCAAGGAGUACAUAACCGUGUGAGUGUCUUCUGGAUAAUGACAUGGUAUCUUUAGUGUGUACAAGCAUGUUCCAUAGGACUUUCUGGCCACGUUGCAUAUUGAGUGAUGAAUACAAUCAAUGUGUGUUUGCGUUUUGUUCAUCUGGUACCACCAGUUUGGGUUUUGUUCACCGUCUUUGAAUGGAGUAGAAGUACACACAGUUGUGUUCAGUGAAAUCAUGACAAUGAAGCACUUAACUGAAUGCUGACACUCUGCAUCCGCUGCAGAGUAUCACGAUGUGUUGUCUAGAAUAUUUUAUUAAUACAUUGAAAUAUAACCUACUCCUGCAGUAUAGAGUCCUAUUGGAUGUUAAACAAGAAAACUCCUGGCCCCCCAAAAAUAUUUUCAUAUGGAAAUAGACGUUUCCCCUUUGACUACAAACAUGCCACAAUGUGUAUAUUUUUGUUAAUGUUUUUUUUUUGUCUGUGUGUAUGUGUAUAAAAAAAAAAAAAGUUUAUGUAAAACAGAUCUUUCUAGUAAAUGCUGCUAUUAGAAUUGUUAAAUGCUUCCCGUAGCUGCUUGUGUAAAUAUUACUUGAAGGUUUUUUUUGUUUUUUAAAGUUAAAGUCUUGAAGCAGCCCUGGUUUCAUUUUGGGGUCCGUUACCCCCUUAUUUCAGGUGCUAAAUAUAAUAUUGUAUCAUAUAAAUAUAAA